UUUUAUAUUAUAGCUUGUGCAGUCUUUUCCAAUUUAUAAGCACUAUUUCGCUAGUUAAUAAAUAGUUUAAAUAAUGAGCACUACAGUGGAGAGGUUUGUGUGACAGUCCAAGGAAGUCUCUAGCAGAAUGCAGUUUUCUAGGACUAGCUUUUUAACCGUGGACUUUCCAUGGAAGAUGGAUACAUACAUCUGCCUUAUUCGGUGUUGCCGUUCACUCUCACCCUCCCAUGGAGAUGUCGCCGACAAUGCUGCCAUACAUGUCCCUGCAAUCAUCACCCCCAUCCUCAUGUCUAGAGGUGCUGGUAACUGCUAUUAUUGUUGGAACCAUUGGCUAUUUAUACAUAGAUGGAAGGUAAACAUUUAUCUCCCUGUCAACUUGCUCCGAGAGGAGAUGUCAAGGAUGACGAGCAAGUUGGCAUCCGUGAAGCUUCGCCGGAGCCAUUCCUGCUCUUCUAGAGCCACAAGGAGAGCCUUGGCAGGCUGUACGAGUGGGAGAAGAAGCUCUAUGAGGAAGUCAGGGUACGUUCGAUCCAGCACACACGCUUCUCCCAGAAUUCGUAUGAUCACUAAAAAUAUUACAUAUAUUAAUGCUGAAAUAACCGUUCUUGUCGUCAUUUGUUUGCUGGUAUCUAUUGAUCUGCUUUGUGAAUAUACUCGAGUUAAUUUGUUUUCCACCACCUGAUAGUGACAUGAAUAUCAAUUAUCUGUAGUAGUAUUUAUGUCAAGAUUGUGGGUAGUUUUUAAAGCUAUGCCAGAAGUAUUUAUAAUUAUAACUGAAAACAGGGAACAUGCAUGAGCUUCAAGACCCUGGUUCGUACAGUAUUGAGUAAGAAUGUUCUUUAGUUUGAUGAGGAUAAAUUCAGUUUUAGUAUUUUUUACAGUACUUGUAAAUUCCUGAGCAAAAUACAAGAAACACACAGUUAGGUGUCCGUUUGAC